AUGGGACAAGCACAGGACAAGUUUGUGGACGAGCAAAAUGAAGACGGUUCACAAGAUUCUCCUACUGUGGAAGACUCCGUGAUUACUGAAGCAACUUUUACCGUGGUUGCGUCGGAAUCUCAAGUUCACCAUGAUAUUAGUUUCUCACCGCCUUCUAUACAAGACACACAACUAAAAAGAACUAGUUCAAAUUCUGUGUUCGGUGAUAUAGAUCCCAAUGGCAUUCGAAGUGAAAAAGGAAAAUUUUUCGCUUCAGAUGUCAAUGGUCACAUUGAUUUGGCAGAGAAUGAUGAUAAUUUUACUAUUCACCUAACCAGCUCCACAAUAGAUUUUUCAAAUAAUUCACUCGCGAGUUCACUUGCGAAUUUAACAAUUCGAGAUUCUCCAUCAUUGGAUAGUAUAACAACAGCGUCUGUUGUGCAAGCGACAACAGUGAAGAACACACAUAAUAGCUUAUCUAGAGCCAUUGAUGAAAAUUAUAAUCCGGCUGUAGAGGAAACAUCCGGUUUAAUUAAAAUAGCAGGCACAGCAGAAUCAACUCGUAAAAGGACAUCUAAAGACAUAAAAUCGACAUUAGCUGAUGAAGCCGAGUAUACGAUACCACCAGCCAUUGCAGAGGAUGUUUUACGAGAGAUGUUAGCAAAUAAGCCAAGUCAGGAUUUACUUGAAGAGUUGGAGCCACCAGCUGUGGUCACAAAUGGAAAAGGAGAAAAUUCUUCAUCAAAAUUUAAAGGCGAUUCGGUAAACCAUGAGAAAAAUGGUGAGUCCUCUGAAGCGAGCAAAAGUAGUAACAAAAAGAACAAUUUGUUAAUCUUGUCUGGCAUGAUAGAUUCCCCUUUUCCAUCCAAAUUCACAUUUCCCAAUAUCGCGGACAAAAAUUUCUUUCUACCGAAUUUUUCAAAUCCACCUGCUACUUCAUCGCCACCUUCAUUUUCCUUUGGAAAUCCUUCUGAGUUAUCGUUACAAAAUCCUUUUCAAAAUCCUUCCAUUUCUUCCAAUGCACCUGCAAACAUAUCACAUCAAAAGGAGCAACGGCGCGUAACACUCCAAUGGCAUCCUCCAGUUCUACCGGUUCUUGACAAGUUUUCACCUCAACUUUCAUCAAAAACACCAUCUAUAUCAAUGCCAUCUAGUUCUAUAUGGCCUCCAUCGAUAAACACCACAUCCCCAACCGAUACACACUUUUCAAAUUCUAACUUAUUGUUUCCACAAUUUACUGGAUCUUUUAAAUUUGACAUGAAUUCUAAGAAUACAGUUUCUGGGCUUCAAUCAUCUAGUAUACCGCCACCGUUAGUCCAUCCUUCAACGCCACCAUUAAGUCCUUCAACAAAAAAAUCAACCGUAUCACCGCCUGCGUCAUCAUCAAGGAAAGGGCUACAUUCCAAUGAACGUAAUGGUAGAACUACGACAUUGUAUGUGUCAGCAAAGCCACAGACCAAGAGCGUCGAUAGUAAUAAUAGCAUAAACGGAAAUAUUCAGACUUCACUGAUUUCGUCGACACCCAAAAAAUUGCCAGUGAAAUUUGGUGACGUUAGUAACACUCUGGCAUCAACGUCAUCGACGGCAAAAGGAAUAACGAAUAACACAUCACCUCCAAGAGGAUUUGCUCACAAUGCGACGAAUACAUUUCCUUUUUUUAGGCCAAUUCGAAAAUUACCAUCACGAGCUAAAUCUCUUACGGCAUCAACACAACCUUUACCUGUUAUACCGCCAUCUCCCCUAUUUUCAUUUACUCCAACAAAUUCAGAAGAAGAAGAUUUUGAUGCUGAGGAGGAAGAUGGCAGUAACGAUAACGGACAUACUGAUUGGUUGGAUAAUGCUAAUAAUAAAAAGAAAAGAAAGGCCUUGCAAACUGUGGGGGGUGGUUCAGCGAUGAAUAGUAGUGUUGGCGGAGUUAUGAAGACUUCAACAGCGAAAGAACGAGCAAAUCCACUUAGAAGAGUGGAAAGACGCUCAACGCAACGCAACAUAAAUGUUAUGAAUAAAACUUCAUUAGGUAGUGAUAUGGUAUCUGCGUUCGAUCAUAAAAUUUCAGAUAAGGAUAUUGAUAGUGUACGCCCUCCACAAACAACAUUUGAUUUUUCAUUUAAAUCAAUUCCUGAAAAGUCUGCUGCAUUAACUGCUGCAAGUGUUAAUGCUUCUAGUGCAAAACGACUGGCGGCUGUUUCGCCGAUUCAAACAAUGAAUACUAAAAAUGAUCCAUUCGCAUCAUCAUUGUUUCUUCAACAAUCACCAACAAUAACAACUAUUUCUGUAUCUGGUGGUUCAAAGAAAAAAGCGUCAACAAAACGUGCAGCACCAUCAUCUGUUGCAUUCAAAAAUGACGAAGGUGUAAAUAGUAAUAAUCAUGUUCGUCCUCAAACGGCAAUAAGAUCUAAAGCAUUGCGCCCAAAAGUUAACACUGUAAAUGCUAAUGGAGGCGAUGGGGGCAAUAAUAAUGCAGGUGAAGGAAGAAAUGGGCCAGACAAGGCUCUUGCGACUUAA